AAAGGAAUUUUGAGUAGACUGUGCUUUCUUUUUCGCUUUAGGAUAUGAAACUGGUGCUUAUGGCGGUUGAACUUUGCAGUUUAAUGCAUUUAAAUAGCUUUAUUACUAAAUGUGCCAUUAAUGGGGAAAAAUACAGCAACGAUGUGCGUUUGAAUGACGCAGUGAUGGAGAAAAGAGUCAGGAUGCUAACGUCCACAGGGCAGCCAAGAUAUCAUAUCUCUGCUGCUAUCCUCUGCAUAAGUUUUAUUAAGAAGUCGGAUUAUAUGUAACAUACAGGUGUGCUAGCACCGAGACGUCAUGAGCCGUUCAGAGAAAUACGAACUGGGCGCGGUCGACUCCAAGACCAAGAAGAAAAAGUACGGCUCACUGGACCAGGGUGUGAGCUCUUCGCUAACGCACAUCAUCACCAAUGACUCGCUCGAGGCGGUGCCCGAUGACGGGACCACAGAGCAGACUAGCCUGCUGGAGCCGCAGCCGGGCACCAGCGCCUCCAGCUACGCGCAGAACGUGCUGCAGAACGUCUCUGAGCUCGGCCUGGCCCCAGACGGCGCGGCGCCCUCCUUUGAAGCCGUCACUAUCACCAUGCCGGAGGAGGAGGAAGGACCGGAGGAAGGUGACCAGAUGAUAGCAGCUGCCGACUCCUCUGACCAAGUUCCUCUCCUGGACCCCUCGCCCUCACCGCUGGAUGUCAGGCAGUCCAGCAGCGUUACCCUUAGGAGAUCCUCCCUGCUGGUCAGGUCGCUGCGCUCCAUCGCCAGCUUUCGGAAGAAGCGGAGGAGUCAGACAGGACUGGAGGGCAGUGUGGAGCAAAUGAAUCCCGCUGCUGCCGCCGCAUCUUCUGCCUCUCAAGAUCCUCUCCUGGAUACCUCUCAGGAGCCUCUCCUGGGUGCCUCUCAGGAUGCUCUCCUGGAUACACCUCAGGAUCCUCUCCUGAAUCCGUCGGCUCUAGCAGUGGAGCGCAACAGCCUCAUGCCACAGCCCUCUGGCAGUGCUGUGAUUCAGCCUAUCCCAGAAUUCCGAGGGUACCAACAAGAACAGCCGGAAGAGCAGGGACUUGAAGAGCAGCAGGCGGCCUUCCCCGCUGAGCCGUCACCCUCCCAGGAUCCUCUCCAGACCGCCUCCCCGCCUCAGUCUGAGCGGCUCAGCCUGCUGCCCCAUCCCUCCAGUAGCUCCUCUUCAAGACGACCUUCGAGAGUCACCAGGUCCUACCAGGCCAUCCAGAUAAUCCGAGAUGAGCCGGAACAGCCGGUGGAGCAGCGAGGCUCCAUCACGGGCUGGCUGCAGAGGAAACUCUCCGGACAGCGGCAGGGCAGCGUGGAGGAUCUGGCGACGUUCGCCUUCGACCCGGCCAGCAGCGGUGAUCCGGAGGCGGCGAUGCUGGCGGCGGCGCAACAGCAGGCCCGGCACAAACCCCUGGCUAUGGACGCGUCUCUAACUGGCGCCGAAAGAUUCACCGCCCUCCUCACCGCCGAUCCUGAGAACCAAAACAAUGAGUACCACAUCGAGCGACGGAAGGACGCGCAGCUGCCGGCUGAGAUCGACAGCUGCUUCUUCCGGGACGGUAAGCGUCGGAUCGACUACAUCCUGGUGUACGAGGACACCACCAUCCAGGGGAAGGUGCGCGGCAGGCUGGCCGAGAAACGCUUCCUCAAACAGGAGGCAUGGCGCGGCCGGUUCAGGGCCAACCUUCGCAAGGCCGGCCUUCAGAUGGAGGAGGAAAUCGUUCCCGGUCCGAAGAAAACCAUUUAUUUUAUCAAGCUGCACGCGCCGUGGGACGUGCUCUGCACCUGGGCAGAGGAGCUGAAGAUGCGGGCACCUCUUCAGCCACUCUUCCACAUGGUCCGGGAGCGAAUCACGCCGAGAAAGUCGAUCGGGCCUCAGUACCUGGAUGGCUUCCUUGACUCCGUCACCAGAAUGAACGUGGAAGACCAGCUUCAGAUGAGCGCCACCCAGAUGAGCCCCAAAAUGGAACUGUUCAUCGCCCGCAUAGUCAGACCGAACAUGCCGCACAACUGGUCCGAGUGGGUGCUCAAGAAGCUGCACAUCCCCAACGUCAUGCAGCAAGACGUCCCCAACAAGCCGGUCGAGUAUUUCACCUGCCCCUUCAAGAAAGCCAAGCUAGACAAGUUUCUGGGCAGCGAGGACCAGGACAACUACUUUUCGACCGGUCAGCGGAUCCGAAUCGUGUACGAGAUCCUGGCCACGUCCGUGUUCGGCAAACGGAAGCAGGGCGAAGUGGGCAUCGAGCGUCUGGUGGACGAGGGCACCUACAACGCCGCCUUUCCGCUGCAUGACGGCGACUUCAAGGUCCCUAAGGACCCGGACCUCGACCACAGCCGCCUGAACGCCCGUCAAAUACUGCACGAGUACUGGGGGCGGUACUCGCGGUGGUACAAGUACCAGCCGCUCGACCAUAUCCGAGAGUACUUUGGCGAGAAGAUCGGCAUCUACUUCGCCUGGCUAGGUUUUUACACUGGCUGGCUGCUGCCUGCCGCUGUGAUAGGGUUACUGGUGUUUAUGUACGGUGUCAUCACCAUAAAUCGAAACGAUGUGGCGAACGAAAUAUGUGAUAACCCAGGCCAGUUCAAGAUGUGUCCGCUGUGUGAUUACUGCAACUACUGGUACUUGGACACCAUCUGCGCCUACGCCAAGAUUGCCUACCUGUUCGACCACCCAGGAACUGUGUUCUACAGCGUGUUCGUCUCGUUCUGGGCGGUGACGUUCCUCGAGUACUGGAAGCGCAAGUGUGCCACGCUCUCCCACCACUGGGACUGCAUGGACUACCAGGAGGAGGAGGAGCGGCCGCGGCCCGACUUCGCCGCGCGCGCACCCGCCUACGGCAAGAACCCCAUCACGGGCCAGCGCGAGCCCACCUUCCCCCAUGGCGUGAGGUUGAAGCGGAUCGCUGCCGGCGCCGGCAUCAUCGUGCUCAUGAUGUCACUGGUAAUCAUCUUCAUCGUGGCCGUCAUCAUCUACCGGGUGCUGGUCUCGAUCCCGCUCUUCCAGAACCCGACGUUCCGCUCGCAGGCGCAGGCCAUCAGCUCGCUAUCGGGCGCCAUCGUCAACUUGAUCCUCAUCAUGUGCAUGGGCCGCGUGUACGAGAAGCUCGCCUACCGGCUCACCGUCUGGGAGAUGCACCGGACCCAGAGCGAGUUCGAGGAUAACCUGACAUUCAAAGUGUUUGUCUUCCAAUUCAUCAACUUUUAUUCAUCCAUCUUCUACAUCGCCUUUUUCAAGGGUCGCUUCGUGGGCUACCCGGGCCACUACAACCAUAUCCUCGGGCUGCGAAACGAAGACUGCGCCGCAGGCGGCUGCCUGGUGGAGUUGGCACAGCAGUUGGCGGUCAUCAUGAUCGGCAAACAGAUGGUCAACAACGCCCAGGAGAUCAUCCUGCCCAAGCUGAAGGCCUUCUGGCAGAACCGCGGCGUCAAGGGCAUGAGCGGCGCGUGCAGCAAGACCCGCUGGGAGGAGGACUACCAGCUCAUCGACUCCGAGGGCCUCUUCCAGGAGUACCUGGAAAUGGUGCUUCAGUUCGGCUUCAUCACCAUUUUCGUGGCGGCGUUCCCGCUGGCGCCGCUGUUCGCGCUGCUCAACAACUGGGUGGAGAUCCGGCUGGACGCGCAAAAGUUCCUCUGCGAGACGCGCCGGCCGGUCCCCGAGCGGUGCGCCAACAUCGGCAUCUGGUUCACCAUCCUCGAGACGCUGGCCCACCUCGCCGUCAUCAGCAAUGCCUUCUUGAUUGCCUUCACGUCCGAGUUCCUGCCCAAGAUGCUGUAUCAGUACGAGAUGCACUGGCACCUGGAGGGCUACGUCAACUUCACCAUGGCGUACGCACCCAACAGCUCGGACCCCGACGUCAAGGGCGACUGCAGGUACCGAGGCUUCCGAGACGAGAACGGCAAGUUCACCACCUUCUACUGGCGGCUGCUGGCCGUGCGUCUCGGCUUCGUCAUCCUCUUCGAGCACGUCGUCUUCUUCAUCUGCAAGAUGAUCGACUUGGUGGUACCGGACGUUCCCGAGAGCCUCAACAUGAAGAUCAAGCGGGAGCGCUACCUGGCCAAACAGGCGCUGGCGGACGCGAGUGCUAUAGGAACGGGCGGCGGAGACGAAGAGAAGGACGAGCUGACAGAGCCGCCGGCCGACACCCUCGUCUACCUGCCCGGCCAGGCGGAGACCGGCGUGCGCACCGCGUUAUGACGAAUGGACAACGGGCAGCCGCCCUCCUGACAUCGCGAAACGCUCGUCUGACCCUGGGCCGGGCCGGCCGGGCGCCCCCUGCCGCCGGGCCUGGGCGCGCCCCUGCCGCCGGGCCUGGGCGCGCCCCUGCCGCCGGGCCUGGGUGCGCCCCUGCCGUCGCCCGUUCAGCCGGUCGCGACCCUGCCCGGCGGCGUUUUAUGCCGUGGCGGCCCCGCCGACCCUUCCGCCCGGGUCAGGAGCACCUCGCUGCCUUGCGCCGCUCGGACGGCUGGCUGAGAGGCCGCAAUAUUGCUGAACUGUGUUGGACCUGUAGUGCGUGUGUGCCCGCCAGGAUCGUUUGCAGAUGGCACUGGUGAAGCGAUAUCAUUGGGCCAUUGUUCCGGCUAGGCUGCUUCCGCCAGCGCCACUUGUGUCGUAUCGAGAGGUAUUGUUGUGUAUUGUGCCAGAAAGACUGGCUUCGUUACCCGGAUAUUCCGGAGAUUGCAGUGGUUGAGGACAGUGUGACUCUUUGCCACCGAUUUAUUUUUAUCGAUACAUUCCAUGAACUACGAUUUUCAGUUGGAGAUGAGGUGUAUCAUGCUUCGACAUUCUGUUAAAAUCAGGGAUACUGUGUGGCUAGCGUCAUCGGAGUGCUGUGUUUAAGUGCUUUAACUAUUUUGUGUUGGUUUGUUUUUAGUCCUGAAUGAGAUUUAAUGAUGAUAGGUAUUAGUUCGGAAUUUGGUAACAUCCGCUCAGCUGUUGGCAUUUUUGUUUGCUUUUAUUGAUCGUUAUCUAAAUAUUUAUGGAAUGUAAAUCGUGCCUACACUAGAAAGAAAACCCGCAAGACAAUGAUAGCAGCCUAACCUUAUGCUUAUUGCUGUAUCAGGUUUUCAAGGAAUUGCUGAUCGUCUUGGUACAACAUCCGAAUAUCACUUAAUCAAAGGAUUUAUGAUAUCAACAGUGCUGUAUAUGUCGUACUUGUGCGAUAAUUCGGUACGUUUGAUUCAAUGGUAGCCUCAUCAGCAGUGUUUUUGCCGUCCAAUAUCGUCCGACUUAGGUAGAUCUGAAGAUAGCGUUGUUGUGAACAUAAAUGACAUGAAUAUGAAUGCAGCUACACUUUUGUUAACACAGAAUGUGUACAAUUCAUUGUUAUACAAAGCGGUUAAUAUUCGUUUCACAGUCAUUUGAAGCGCAGAUUCAUUUAAUUCAAGCUUAGACAACUUGAGUUUGUUACGUUGCCUUACAGUAUGUGUAGUAAUGGGUACCUAGUAUCUACAACGAAUCAUAAUCCGACUGAUAUUCCUAGUCAAAUUAGUCAAAAACGCUCGAACUGAAACGCCAGGCGAGAGCAGUUUGCUUAGCGUAAGAUAUGUUUUGCUAUUAGCUUAGCACAAUCGGCCAAGUUCCAUGACAGUGAAUCUCUUCUUUGUAAACAAUAGUGCGCGACUCGGUAUGACAAAAGCUUUGUUUUGUCCAUUGACGACGUGAAGGAUUACUUCUUCACACUGCAAGGCUUUGCUGUCAACAUCAGUUUUUCCCAUUUUCCCCGUUUUUAACGUGAUUCCAACGCAUUUAUAAAGAAAAAUAGAGAGGAGAUAAUUGUAACGAGGAGAUAAUUAUUAUUGGACAGUGCUGAGUGCAGGUUCCUGAAUGUAUUAGCUUAGCUCAGUCUAUAAAUAAUAAAAGCACUACAGGUAUAUUCCACUCUUAAAUUUCUAUUGCAUAACGUCCAUACCUACCAUUGACAUUUUAUUUUAUUUCUUUUUCUAAUAAUCGUCUCUACUUGAAAGGGUAUUUACUUCAUAGGCAAACAAGAAUAGAUGUUUUCAGCUGAUUUCGAAAUGGGAGAAACAUAGGUAUGCAGAUUACUGAUUUCAGUAUUGUGCAAUGAUGUUCGUGCCAAGCUAAAAUACGGAAGGUCGAUUUAUUGAUCCAAGUGGCGCAUAAGGGCAAAGCGGAAGAAAGACUGGUACAUAUCCCUUUAAACACAUCCUGUCUCUAUAUAAUGCAUUGAAUACAUAUUUAGGGAUAUUUAUCUGCUGCUGCUAAAUACCUACUUAGCAGGGACUUUCAUGUGGCGCCGUUUGUAGAUACAAUGUCUGCUGAUGGCGAUUAAUUAGCACCUAGCAGUGUGCACUAGCGCGUGAUGCUAAUCUGAGCAAGACAUCUAUCCAUCUUUGCGUAAAUAUUUUCGAAUUGCAAUGCUCAUCCGAUUCUCACUCUCACUCCAACAACUGAAUAGAGUCCAUCGAUGAGUUGAUGAACUCAUGUAGUUUGUAAUUGGCAUAGGCAGGUAUAAUGCUCGUCUUUGACCCCAUUCUCGUGUGUAAUCAUUUUAGUUUAAAGGGUAGAUGUGAUAGUUUGGUGAAAGGCACUAUAAUAUAUUUUUCCACAAAAUGUGUUUGA